AUGGCUAGUGAUAAGAGUUUUGUAGCUCUUGUGCACUAUAGAGGGUCCAUUAAGAAGAAAACGCGAUCAGGAAUUAAGUUUACUGACAAGGACCCGCUGAGUAUUUUUCUCAAACCUUCGACAACUUUCACUAAGUUUAAGAAUACUAUACUCCAGAGACUAGGACUGCAUGGCGUGAAACAGGUGGAGAAGUUGUUCGAUCGAAUUUCGAUUUCCGUGUUACGCAAUGAUGUGAAGUAUGAUUCAUUCAUUAUUAGCAGUGACGAAGAUAUGCAGGUGCUGUUUCAUUGUCGCCGUCAGUUUCCUGAGGUGAGGACUCCGGAGUUGUUGGCGAAACUUGUGGAUAUGGCAUCUAGUUCUGGAGGCUCGAACAGAAAUAUGCACUCCACAGGACAUGUAUCCAGCUCUAGUGCAUUGCCUGUUGGAUCAUCGUCAGCAGUGCCGGUGAUUGCACCCGAGCCAGACUUAGUGGCUUCACCAUCAUUUGCCGUCAAUCUGAAUCGAAGUUGUGAUGCAUUAGUUGGCAAGGCUGGACCGUUGGGAGACGGUGAUUUCGUGACGCCCAGUUCUCCUCUGUGUGUUCUGGUAUUCGGAGAGGUUGGAGCAUCCGAAGGGGUUGAGGAUGCAUUGCAGGAUGAUGAUGAUGAUGAUGAUGAUGAUGAUGAUGAUGUGGAGCCCGCAACGAUUGCUGCGAAUGAUAGUGAGGAGGAGACACCACGGACGACUCCACCUGUCGGAGGGGAGCAUCUAGUUUAG